AUUUAAACAUGUGUAUUAAUUAUGAAAUCAGUGAUAGUGUGGUUCGGUCAUAUGAUAUUAUUUAGAUGUUAGUAAAUUAGGUCUAUUUAUAUAAGGGAACUAGUCAAGAAGUAAAUAUGAUAUCGUACGUUGUGAGUAUGAAGGAUUCAUGCAGAUUGGUCGGCGGUUCAAAGUUCUACGAAGUGAUGGACGGCUCGGCGUCUACGGACACAUCUAUACCAUCGCCAACUGAGAAACAAGACCAUAUGAAACCUACAGAGAGUGAUGAUGAAGUGUCGGAUGUAGAUCAAGACUGCACGGUAUUCAGCGGCGUCAGCUACUUGGGCGCGCAGAACAUCGCUGACCCUAAAUCCGAGAACGAUAUACAGCGCAUCAUGAAGGAGCUCAGCUCUAUGCCAGAGAGUCGCGACGGUAUAGCCGUAUCGAUAUCGAUACCAGUCUGCUCUCAGGGAUUGGUUGUACUCUACCAAGCAGAUUCGAACAGUGUAAUGACGCGGUAUGCUGUCAAUCGUAUAUCAUUCUACGCCCGCGGUGCGGCCGGCUCUCCGGUAGCGUCAUGCUUCGCCUUCACGUGGUCACAUGGAGAGACCAAAGAGUCCGCUGUGUAUCGGUGUCAUGUAUUCAGAUGCCAUAUCGCCGAAGCUGUCAACCAAGUAUCAAGUUGCUUUGCAAAGGCUUUCGAGCGAGUGCCGCGGUCGAUGGCGUCAUCACUAGUGGGCGAGUUAAGCGCAGCACCGUCCAUGACGGGAUCGCUCACUGAGGGCCUGGGGCCCGCAGCGCCCCCUAUGCAACUUAUGCACGUACUCGAAUGCACUGUUGAUAUUAAAGAGACAGACGCUAAGGGCACAUUCAGUCAUGUACCUAAAGAGAGGCUCGGUUUCAAGUUACGAGCCGGCAUAGAUAAGCAGGUGACGAUUAACGUGCGACAAGUGACCAACAAUGUUCAGCCAGAAGCAGAUGACCAACAGCUGACAUACACUGGUGGUCUUUACAUAGACCGAUGCUUUGGGAUUCUUCUCGCCCCCGGCCGGAGCGUGAAACAUUCCGACAUGAGACUGCUAGAAAUGGUGAGUGGCUCAGCGGGUGGGUCUAGUUGUUCAGUAUGCGCGUUGUGGAACGCGGGCGAGUCAGCAUUGGCUGCGUUCAACACAGCGAGUGGAGACAUCGCACCUACUUACAUGUCGCUCGCACUAGAUCUCGUCAUCAGAGGCGUACCGGACUCUUUGCGGUUAGUGAUUGAAACACCCGUGAAGAUGUAUCCACACACAGAACGAUUUUGGUAUUAUUCUAAGAAGCCUCUGGUACAAGAGUUUUACAUAAAUCUGAAAGAGACUGUAGACGCAUUAGGACAGUUGCAGUACGAUGUGGCCAGUAUAGAAACGUCCGGCGAAAUAGAUCGUUCUCGUUUAAAUUUGCCGCUAUCUCUGUCUAGUUUAUUGCCGUCGCCAUUGACCAGUGCGCCCGCGCCGCCCUCUCCUUCCGAAGCGGAUUCUGAUGGAGAUGAACCGCUUCUAAGCGGCACAGGCGAAGUGUCCAAAGAUUGUGAAGAGGAUGUGCUGGUGAAUUGGGCCCAAGUUCUCAGAAGUUGGACAGGAGCUAGACCACGAGCAUUAGUACAUUUAGUUCGUGUCGGUGUACCAGAAGCUCUUCGUGGUGAAGUAUGGUUGCGUUUGGCCGGCAUAGAUCAGAACGAUAAACUAAUGGACACGUACAGAACACUGAUCAGUAAAGAUUGUUCUUUCGAAAACGUAAUACAACGGGAUAUUGCGCGCACUUUUCCCGCACACGAUUUCUUCAGGGAAGCCGGUGGGCUCGGCCAAGAUUCACUGCUACGAAUGGCGCGAGCCUACGCCGUCUACGACCAAGAAGUAGGCUACUGCCAAGGAUUGAGCUUCCUAGCCGCUUCACUACUGCUACACAUGCCCGAAGAGCAAGCCUUUUGUCUUCUGGUGCGUCUCAUGUACGGAUAUGGAUUACGUGACCUAUAUAAAGAUGGUUUUGAAGCACUUUAUAUGAGGUUGCAUCAACUGGAUCGCUUGAUAGAGGAACAUCUUCCUGAUCUGCGAACCCAUUUCCAUGAGUUAGGAGUCGAGACUCACAUGUUCGCUUCACAAUGGUUCCUGACAGUAUUUACAGCAAGAUUCCCUCUGCCUUUGGUAUAUCAUAUAUUGGACGUAUUCUUACUGCAAGGAAUAGAUACUUUAUUCCAAGUGGCGCUAGCGUUAUUGUAUCGCUCACGAAAAGAAUUAGUUCAGCACGAUUUCGAGGGCGUACUCAAAUAUUUCAGAGUAACGUUGCCAAAGAAGUGUCGUGCUGAAGAAUCGUCGCGUCAAAUCGUGAAAAUAGCGUGUAGCUACAAAGUCAAGAGGCUACCUAAAUAUCAACAGGAGUACGAGAAAUUCGUCAAAGAAUCUGCUGAGAAAGAAAAGAUAAACGUCGAAAUGGAGAGGCUCAAAAUGAUAAUAUCACAAUUACAACAAGACAAAGAAAUCCUAGAAACGCAAUUGAACGAGGCACAGAAUAAAGUGGAAGAAGCGCAGAAAGAUGCCGAGCAUCAUGCCUUAGUAGCGCAUGACUAUAAGGAAAUAUGUGCCCGCCUUGAUAGACAAUUACAUCAAUUUCAGGACUGCAUAAAGGAAUGUAUGAAUUGUAGUCUCAAAUUGGCCCAAAAGGAAAACAAAGAAGCAGAUCCUGAACCUAAAGACGAAGAAAAAGAAGAGGCGACUAACGACACGGAAGCGAGUUUGAAGCAACGUGUGCGAGACUUGGAGUUGGAAUUGGCUCAGGUGAAGUUGGCACAUGUGCAAGCGCAGUGUAGCAACCAGGAACUCAGCCAUCAGCUCAACGCGGCAUUAAACGAAAUGCAAGCGGCCAUGAAUCAGAAGCAAUCAGUAGCGCCUUGGCUGGUUCGCACAUUAGAACUCUUCUCUAAAGGUUCUAUAUUGGAAUCGGCGCAGAACCGGCCUUCGUUCCAAACUUAUUUGCCGAAUUCGAAUCCGGAACAGGCACAAUUGCAUAGACAAGGCUCGCUUCAUGGUCAAGGGACUUCGAACGCACAGCCGAGUUUAGACAGGCGAGUAUCGGAACCAUACAGUCCGGACGUAGUCAGGAGGAAGAAGGAUCUCAACACGAAACGUAACUCUAUGCUCGUCGAUUCGAACGUAGCUAAAGAAACCAAAGAGCUCAACAGAAGGAGCCAUCACGACGUAUCCACCCUAAAAAAAUUGUCGACGGGUUGA